UAAAAUUAAUUUUGUCUGUGUUUUGUUCAGCAAAUGUACCCCGUUUAAGUUCAGAUUUGUACCUCAAACGAAAGCUUUUAUCUUACAGAAAGUAUUUAUACUGCAUAAUGUUGCCGUGAAAUUGUCUCGAAGCCGUAUGACGAACAAAUUGUAAUUCUUGUUGGUACUUCACUUUAAGUGGCAUGAUAAACAGAUAUUCUCUAUAAAAAGAAUAUUAAAAGGUGUAUAAACCGUCGAAAAUGUCUAAUGUUGGAUAUGAUCUAGAUACUUCGGGUGGUUUGAUGCCACUUAUUCGGGCGUUAAUAAAGCCGCCGGACGAGGAACCGAAUGUUCAGAAAAGCAAGAAACCUCAGCAUCCUUAUUAUAAAAGGCCUGGCAAAGGUCAUAAUCAUGAUUCGUGUGAUGCAUGCGGCGAAGGCGGCGACCUCAUCUGCUGCGACCGCUGCCCUGCCAGCUUUCACCUUGGUUGCUACGACCCUCCCCUAGAUGAAAAUGACAUCCCUGCAGGGCUGUGGCUGUGUAAAGAAUGCCGCGGGGCAGAUGCAGAGCGAUCAACCAGCUCUCGAGGCAGUCGUUCUCAUACACCUGAUGAUAAGGUUGAUGAGAAGAAGACUAGAUCUUUAAGAAACAAAAAGAAAUCUAAAGAUGAUUCAAAAGAAGAUGACGAUUCUAAAGAGAAAGAAGAAGCUAAAAAAGAGGAAAAAGAGUUAACUCCAAUGGAAGUGCUGGUGAAGGCUGCAAAGAUCAUGAAUCCAAGGCAGUUUGAGCUGCCAAGAGAAAUGAGAGUGCCUUGCUUGUUUCCUGGGACCGACAAAGAAGGCAGCAAGAACGGCAACGCCUCGUUGGUAACGGUGGACUCGUCCGGCUGCGUGCCCCUCCCGGCCAAGGCGUGCUACGCUUGCGGCGGCACUUGCAAGUACGCACCGCUGCUGCAGUGCGACUACUGCCCGCUGCUCUUCCACCAGGAUUGCUUGGAUCCGCCCUUAACGGCUUUGCCCACCGGACGAUGGAUGUGCCCCAACCAUGUGGAGCAAUAUAUUGACUGGAAGCUGGUGAACUCCAUCUCGGCGACGGAGCGCGUGGCGCUGUGGGAGAAGUUCUCGGGGCCCGUGGACCAGCACGCCAUCAAGGUGGACUUCAUCCGGCGCGCCAGGAGGCACCGGCCGCCCUUCCGCGUGAAGGUGCCGGUGGGCGUGCGCGGGCGCGUGCUGGUGCCGGCCAUGGUGCGCCACCACUACGCGCGGCCGCCGCCGCUGCUGCCCAGCCGCCGGGAGCACGUGCGCUGCACCGCAGUCCUGAAGAACCUGGGCCUGGAGGAGACGGAACCCUCGCCGGGUGAGCCCAAGCAUUCCAUCUGCAUGAACCUGCAGUGUCCGCAGUACGCGGGCGGCGUUUGCGGGCGCGCCGACCCCUCGCGGGGGCUCCGGGGCGCCAGCCAGCAGGACGCCAACGACGACCUGAAGGCCAUCGCCGAGGCCAAGGACGGGCUGUCGGAGGCCAGCGACCAGUCGGAGCCGGAGGCGGGCGCCAAGCGGCGCGGCUCGCGCAGCCCCAAGAGCCCCAAGAGCCCCAAGCGCCCGGCGCGCCUGGAGCUGCGCGCCGACAAGGGCGCCGAGCAGCUGCUGGCCGCCGUCGACGAGCAGCUGGAGAAGCUGGACGAGCGCCUCGUCAAGCUGCUGGCCUGGCAGCAGCUGCAGCGGGUACUAGUAGGCGAGCAAUGUUACGGGCCGUGGCGCAAGACUCCUCUAUCGGCACAGGCGGAAGAGCUAGUUUCGCGCAGCAUCUCGCGCGCCAAACUCGCCAAAUACGGUUUCAAGCACGUCGCGUUACCUUCGGAGCUGCUGUCCAGGAACGAGAGGGAAAGAAUCUCGCGCGCGGUGUGGGGCCUGGCGGAGGUGGGCCAGUCCCCCCUGCCCCCCGCGUCGCCGGGCCAUUCGCUCAGCGACGCUGUGGUGAGGGCCACGCUCUGCCCCGUCAUUCGGCCUGCCAGGAACGGCCUGGGCGACGGCCUUGGUCGGCCUGUGCCCAUGCGGCUGUCACGCCUAUCUGUGGGUUCGGACAGCGGCUGCGACGUGGUGUUGGACGCCAACAGCUGUCGCUGCGUCUCCCGUCGCCACGCCACCAUCUUUUACGACGAAGUGAGCCGCCAGUUCGAGCUGAUCAACUACAGCGAGUGGGGCUCGUGCGUGAACGGCGUGCUGUUCGCCUGCGACGUGGCCGCGCGCCCGCCGCCGCCCGACCUGCGCGAGGGCGCCGUGCGCGACAUCGUGCGCCGGCGCAUGCCGCGCCCGCUCAGAUUGAACGGCGACCUCACCUCUCCGACGCCGCAGGAGAAGCGGUGCGCCUGCCCCGACUCGCCUCCGCGCACCGCAGCGUGGGAGGGCUCGGCCCUGGUCCCUCACGGAGCCCUCCUCCAGUUUGGCUGCAGAAUGUACGUCUUCAGCAUCACCGACUCUCGCGCAUUCCCGUAUGAGAUGCCUAUAGAAGACCCGGCUAUCUAGUGUUUACCCAAAGAAGAGGCGAAGGAAGAAGAGAUUUCGUUGAGUGAUUUUGUGUUGGAUGACCCAGUGUUAUAUGAAUUGAAAGAUGUGCUGCCUUCGUUCUUUGAAAAUGAUUUGAACAGUAUGUUGUAACGCUGAAACCUUAAUCGUCCCACCGGUAGGCACCGGUGUCUUAAGAAGGACUUCAGUGAAUUAUAUGCAUUUUAGGUUACUUUUAAGCAAUAGUAUCGAAGGAAAGGGACCAGAUUCUCGAAAUUGUUCUAACCGUAUGUAAAUACCGCCCUUAUCGAAUGCUUAAAUAAUUUUCCAUUGUGUCAAUGUCGGACCAUCUGGGACACACAGAUCUAAAUUAUUUUGGGUCAUAAUUGAUUUUAAUAUCUCUAUGUAUGAUGACUGAAGUGCUUGAAAACUCCGAGAGGAGGUUGUUGAUAAUUUUUAUUAUUAAAUCUUAUUAGGACAUUAUAUGUGCAGUUCUUCAGCUAUGGAUUUCCUAUGACCACCACCAAUAACAACGUAGAGCUAAAACCAACAGAUUGAAAGAACUAGAAUAGUCUUAGUUACUAUUGGUUUUACUCUCUCUGACUGGGGCAUAUGUUGUGGAAAACUGGUAAGGAAGUCUUAUCGGCAUCAUGGUAGAAUUUAGAGUCGAUUCAUUUGGCUUGAGGCUUUACAUGUGCUUAUCCAAGGUAUAUAUCCAGUCAGAAUUCAGAGUCUAUUCCUUCCUAGCCAAUGCCUGUCUAAUCUAUCGCUGUAGGCGUUAAUCAGGGCUGCCGAGUGUUCAAGAUAAUUGUUGCCAUAGGCUUGUAGAUGAUUCUAGAAGUAACAUACUUUUUUAGUGUGUUAUAAUAUGUGACUGAGUUCAUAAUCCUAUAUAAAUGAAAUAUGAAGUUAAUAAAUAGAAUGCUUUGUUAUUCCUAGUUCAUUCCAUCUAAAUUUUGUACAUAAUUCACAAGUAACAAAUGUUCACUAAUCUUUUAAACUAGUUGUGUUUAUAACUCGAUGGGUAAUUUUUGACGAGCUCUACACACCGAACGCUGCGUGGAUAUCAUACUAUAAUCUGUUCCAAUCAAUUUUAACAAAAAGUAAACAAACCUGUUUGGUUAAAAUUCUAAAGCAAUCACUCAAUAAAUCGAAUAAUUACUUAUUCACUU